GUGUUAUCAUUAAGGAAACUUUAUAAAAAUUCAGCUUCAACCUUCAUAUAUAAAUACUAACCCUUGGUUCCAACUUAAUUGCCACUUGAGUCUUCACUACUCAAACAAGUGAAAAGCUCACCCAUGACAAGUGUUCCUUUGGUUUCUGCUGCCCUAAGAAGGCUUGAAGGGAAAGUGGCUCUGAUCACCGGUGGUGCAAGCGGCAUCGGCGAGGCCACGGCAAGACUCUUCUCCAACCACGGAGCUCAAGUCGUUAUAGCUGAUAUCCAAGAUGACAUAGGUCACUCUAUUUGCCAAGAGUUACACAAAUCCUCUGCUACCUAUGUCCAUUGCGACGUAACAAAGGAAAAAGACAUUGAAAACGCCGUAAACACAACCGUUUCCAAACACGGUAAAUUAGAUAUCAUGUUUAACAACGCAGGCAUAACCGGUAUAAACAAAACAAACAUACUUGAAAACAAAUUAUCCGAAUUUCAAGAAGUGAUUGACAUUAACUUGACCGGUGUAUUUCUCGGAACAAAACACGCUGCUAGGGUAAUGACCCCCGUUCGACGAGGUAGCAUAAUUAACACAGCUAGUGUUUGUGGAUGCAUAGGUGGUGUGGCUUCACAUGCCUACACAAGUUCAAAGCACGCCGUUGUUGGGCUAAUGAAAAAUACGGCCAUCGAGCUUGGACCGUACGGUAUUCGAGUGAAUUGUGUGUCACCUUAUGUUGUCGGAACUCCGUUGGCUAAGAAUUUCUUUAAGCUUGAUGAUGAUGGAGUUCUAGAUGUUUAUUCUAACCUAAAGGGUGCUAAUCUUUUGCCAAAAGAUGUGGCUGAAGCUGCUUUGUAUUUGGGAAGUGAUGAGUCUAAAUAUGUUAGUGGUCACAAUCUAGUUGUAGAUGGUGGACUUACGGUCGGAAAUAAUGGAUUUUGUAUCUUUAAACAAUCUGUCUGAAUGCUUGGACCGUACGUCUACUUAGAUACAUGUGUUUAUGUUUAAUUAUUGUUUAUUUUUUUUCUUUUAAAGGACUUUCAAUAAUUGUUGUGUUUGAGUCUUGUAACUUUCGUCAAAGCUGGUACGUACCCCACUAUGAAUAAAAUUUGGCAAAAUUACUCUAUUA